AUGUCGUCGAAGCGCGAAAAACUUCCAAAGCUUGGAUUCUUUGAGGAAUUCAUGGUGGGUGGCGUGGCUGCCGGCGUUUCCAAGACCGUCGCUGCCCCCAUCGAGCGGGUGAAGUUGUUGGUGCAGAACCAGGGCGAGAUGAUAAAGCAAGGGCGGCUGGACGCGCCGUACAAUGGAGUGGUUGAUUGCUUCGCCCGCACGAUGAAGACAGAGGGCGUGUACUCGCUCUGGCGAGGCAACCUCUCCAACGUUCUUCGUUAUUUCCCGACGCAGGCUCUGAACUUUGCCUUUAAGGACACGUUUAAGCGGAUGUUUAACUUCAAGAAGGAGAAGGAUGGGUAUGCGAAGUGGUUCAUGGGCAACAUGGCAUCUGGUGGCCUUGCUGGCGCUGCCUCGCUGUGCUUUGUCUACUCUCUGGACUACGUCCGUACUCGUCUCGCGAACGACACAAAGUCCGCGAAGAAGGGCGGUGAGCGUCAGUUCAACGGCCUUGUGGACUGCUACGUGAAGACGUGGAAGAGUGACGGCAUCGUUGGGCUCUACCGUGGAUUCAUGGUCUCGUGCGUGGGUAUCGUGGUGUACCGCGGCUUCUACUUUGGCUUGUACGAUACUCUUCAGCCAAUGCUUCCCGUGGACACCUUUAUUGUGAACUUUUUGCUUGGGUGGGCCGUGACGAUCGUUGCCGGUCUUCUCUCCUACCCGUUGGACACUGUCCGCCGUCGCAUGAUGAUGACAUCCGGUGCCUCCGUCAAGUACAAGAACUCAAUGGACUGCAUGAUGCAGGUCAUCAAACAGGAGGGUGCUGUAUCUCUGAUGCGUGGUGCUGGAGCGAACAUUUUGCGUGGCAUCGCCGGUGCCGGUGUACUCGCCGGUGUGGACGCGCUAAAACCGAUGUACAUCCGGUGGCGCAUGGCUGAUCAGUUGAAGAAGUAG